CAGGGUUGAUCUUAAAAUCCGCGCCUGUUGAUGACGUCCGGACCCAGUGUGUAUUCGUUGACUCGAGCAGAAGCUAACGUGUAGCUACGUGUAUAGAACCUCAGCUAUAUAAAGGUUUACAAUAUAAACAUGAACAAGAAAAGUAACGUGUCGUGGGUGAAACCGAGCGAGCCGUCGUUUCUGCGAAAAUUCAAGAAUGACAUUGGAUACAAAGAGGGACCGACUGUUGAAACAAAGCGACAGGAACUGCCCCAGUUUGACGACGACAGCGGCGACAGUGACCGAGAGGAUGAAAUGCCUCAAGUGGUGGUGUUAAAGAAGGGCGACAUCACCGCAGAAGAGGCUCUGCUGCUCAAGAAAGACAUACAAGACUCUAACAAAGAUGAACAGCCUGCUGCAGACGGAAAAAUUUUAUUUAAGAAGCCAGCAAAACGUUCCUCAGACAAAUUUGAAGGCAUAACCGCUAGCUCCAACAGCAAAAAGAAGAAGAAGAGUGAGAAUGAAGAGGAGGAGGAGGAGAAGAAGAAGGAGUCUGGAGUGAAGGUGAAGAACAGGAGCCUCUUGUCUUUUGGUGACGAUGAGGAGGAAGACUGAGACCUUAAUUAUAACAUAAAAUAUAAUGGUAGAAGCCCCACACACAUGAUCUUAAAAUUUUGUAAUUUGAAAUACUUCUCUGAGACAGAUUAUAGACAUCUUUUAAUGUCUUUUGGAUAAUAUUUAAAUGAUUUAAUUCUUUAUCUUGGCAUGUCUGCCAGAACAUUUUAAUAUCAAUAUGCAAAAAUAUGUGCUGUCUAGCAUCACGGUGAUCGAAAAAUGAGUUUACAGCUUCAGAAGAAACCCUUUUUCUGCUGUAAUUCUGUGUGUAAUGUACCAUUGUGUAUUUUCCUUGCCAGAUGUUUUGCCUACUUCUGGGAAUGACAGGAGUAUAAUCUGUGUUCUUAAAACAAAAUGCAAAUUAUGAACAAUUAACGUUCGGUGGGUUUCAGCUGAAGUCACUGUAUUGAGAAUUUGUGUUGUAGAUAAAUUAUUCUGCCAAAAAGCAGAUGUUCAUACAUGUAUAGCUUCUAUAAAGGAGCUGUCUGGAAUUUUACUCUUAUUUUUUGCUUCUCAAGUAUUGAGAUCCUGCUACAUAACUCUCAUUAUGGGUUUUAUAUAGAACGUAAAUAAAAACAAUUAUUAUUUCA